AGCAGCGCCCAUCGAGACCCCAGCGGCGCCUAUCGAGACCCCAGAAGUGCCCAUCGAGGCCCUAACAGUGCCUAUAGAGGUUCUAGAGAUGCCCAUCAAGAUCCCAACACUACCCAUAGAAGUCUCAACAGCGCGCGUAGAGGUCCCGGUUACAGCAGCAGCGAGCGCGUCACAGACGGUGUCGACCCCCGAGCCCAGCAUCAUCCGGGAAUUUGAGGUUGAUUCUCAGGAAGAGCAGGAGGAGAUCGACAGUUUUCAUGACAUGAUGGCUGCUAUCAUUUUUGAUGAUGAUGGGAUUGAUAUUGUCCCUGAUGCGGAGGCCAGUGCAGAGACAAGCGAUUUGGGUAUGCAGGAUCUACCAGAGGAAGAGAACGAAGAUGAGGCAGAGGAGAUGGUGGAGGUUAUGUUGGAGGAAGAGAAGGAGGAGUCCCCGGAAUCAAGACCGAGACAUGAGAUGAAGAGGAUUACGAAGGCUCUGAGGAAAGAGAUCCGGGUGAGAAGAAGGAGCAAGGAAAAGAAGGCGCUUGAGCACACGCACGCGCACCAGGAUGGCUACGUGAGCCAUGAUGACACGCAGGGCAGGGAUACGAUCUCUGUCUACAGCUUUGAUUCUGACCACUCGCUGUAGCAUGUCUUGUAACAAUAAUAUGUGUAGUCUACCACCUUUCAAUGAAAUUUUAUUGGUUACUUGAAACGCG